GGCCCUGCCUCUAAAAUGAGUCUCUCUGGGGAGAGAGAGGAGGGGGGCCCUACCUCUAAAAUGCAUCUCUCUGGGGGACAUGACAUCAAAGCUAAGAGGUUGCAGUUGUAAAUGAGAACUUGAUUGUUCCCAACUAGUUUAACCUGGUUAAAUAAAGGUGGAAAAAAAUACCAAUCAGGCAGGAGAGACCAGCCUCCCCUGUUCCCAGCUGUGUGUCCAUGAAGAGUGACGAGUCUAUGGAUCCUCCUAUCCUGUUUAGAGAGGGAGACUUUUCUACUGAACAAAGAAACCAACAGGAGAGAUCAGAGUCAGAGAUUCUCAGUGGUCAGUCUUCCCAGAGUCAUCAAACAGACCUGGCCUCCAUAUUCAGUUUGCUUGAAGAGAAAAUUAUGACAUUUGUGAAGAAUGAGCUGAAGAUGUUCAAGAGGAUUCUUAGUCCAGAACUCCCAGAAGGCUUUGAGAGUCAGAAGCAGGAUAAGGAAGUGGUGGAUGCUGAAGAUGAGCAGCAGGAGAGCAGUGCCAGAGAGGGGGCUCUGAAGAUCACACUGCACAUCCUGAGGAAAAUGAACCAGAAGGAGCUUGCUGACACACUGGAGAAAUAUUCAGAUGAGCUUGCUGUGAUUUGCCAACGUGAACUCAAAUCUAAUCUAAAGAAGAAGUUUCAAUGUGUAUUUGAGGGGAUCGCUCAACAAGGAAACCCAACACUUCUCAAUAAGAUCUACACAGAGCUCUACAUCACAGAGGGUGGAACAGGAGAGGUCAAUAAUGAACAUGAGCUGAGACAGAUUGAGACAACAACCAGGAAACAAGCAAGACCAGAGACUCCAAUCAAAUGUAACGACAUCUUCAAACCCUUAACUGGACAAGACAAACGUAUCAGAACCGUGCUGACAAAGGGAGUCGCUGGCAUUGGAAAAACAGUCUCUGUGCAGAAGUUCAUUCUGGACUGGGCUGAAGGAAAAGCAAAUCAGGAUGUCCAAUUUGUAUUUUCAUUCCCUUUUCGGGAGCUGAAUUUGAUGAAAGAGGACAAACACACUUUCAUUGAACUUCUUAAUCACUUCUCAAUGGAAACCAAACAAUCAGGAAUCUCCAUCUACAACAAGUACAAAGUUAUGUUCAUCUUUGAUGGUCUGGAUGAGUGCCGACUGCCCCUAGACUUCCAGAAGAACAAGAUCUGUUGGGACGUCACAGAGUCAACCUCAGUGGAUGUUCUGCUGACAAAUCUCAUCAAGGGAAAUCUGCUUCCCUCUGCUCUCCUCUGGAUAACUACCCGACCUGCAGCAGCCAAUAAGAUCCCUUCAGGGUGUGUUGACCAGGUGACAGAGGUACGAGGGUUCAAUGACCAACAGAAGGAGGAGUACUUCAGGAAGAGAUUCAGUGAUGAGGACCUGGCCAGCAGAAUGAUCUCACACAUAAAGACAUCAAGGAGCCUCCACAUCAUGUGCCACAUUCCAGUCUUCUGUUGGAUUUCUGCAACAGUCCUUGAACACAUGCUGAAACAUGAGAGAGAAGAGAUGCCCAAGACUCUGACUGAGAUGUACACACACCUUGUGGAGUUUCAUACCAAACAGAAGAAUGAAAAGUAUCUUGGGAAAGAAGAGACAGGUCCACACUGGAAUAAAGAGAGCAUUCUGUCACUGGGAAAACUGGCUUUUCAACAGCUUGUGAAGGGCAAUCUGAUUUUCUAUGAAGAAGACCUGACAGAGGCUGGCAUUGAUGUCAAUGAAGCCUCAGUGUACUCAGGAUUGUGCACACAGCUCUUUAAAGAGGAAUGUGUGCUGUACCAGGACAAGGUGUACUGCUUUGUUCAUCUGAGCAUUCAGGAGUUUCUGGCUGCUGUAUAUGUGUUCCUCUCAUUCAUCAACAACAAUGAGAAUCUAAUGGACAUACUGCAAACAGAAGACGAGCCUGAAGUUACUUUCUAUAACAGUGCUGUGGAUAAAGCCUUACAAAGUGAGACGGGAAACCUGGACCUUUUCCUCCGCUUCCUUCUGGGCCUCUCAGUGGAGUCCAAUCAGAAGCACUUACGAGGUCUACUGACAAAGACAAGAAUCAGCUCACAGAGCCAUGAAGAAACAGUCAAGUACAUCAAGGAGAAGAUCGGGGAGAAUCUCUCUCCAGAGAGGAGCAUCAAUCUGUUCCACUGUCUGAAUGAACUGAAUGACCAUUCUCUAGUGGAGGAGAUCCAAAGAUACCUGAGAUCAGGAAGUCUCUCAAAACCCAAACUGUCACCUGCACAGUGGUCAGCUCUGGUCUUUGUGUUGCUGACUUCAGAAAAGGAGCUGGAUGUGUUUGACCUGAAGAAAUACUCCAGAUCAGAGGAAGGUCUUCUGAAGCUGAUGCCAGUGGUCAAAGCCUCCAGAGCUGCUCUGCUGUCAGGCUGUGGAGUCACUGAGGAAGGCUGUGCUUCUCUGGUCUCAGCUCUUAAGUCAAACCCCUCACACCUGAGAGAGCUGGAUCUGAGUAACAAUGACCUGAAGUAUUCAGGAGUGGAGCUGCUCUCUGCUGGACUGGGGAAUCCCCACUGUAAACUGGAGACUCUGAGGCUGUCAGGCUGUCUAGUCACAGAGGAAGGCUGUGCUUCUCUGGUCUCAGCUCUGAGGUCAAACCCCUCACACCUGAGAGAGCUGGACCUGAGCUACAAUCACCCAGGAGACUCAGGAGUCAGACUGCUCUCUGCUGGACUGGAGGAUCCACACUGCAGACUGGAGAAACUCAAUGUGGAACAUGGUGGAGAGGACAGAAUGAAACCUGGGCUUAGAAAAUAUGUCUGUGAUCUCACACUGGACCUAAACACAGUAAACAGACGCCUCUCUCUGUCUGAGGAGAACAGAAAGGUGACAUGUCUGAGAGAGAAGCAGCCGUAUCCUGAUCACCCAGAGAGAUUUGAGGGCUGGAGACAGGUGCUGUGUAGAGAGGGUCUGACUGGCCGCUGUUACUGGGAGGUAGAGUGGAGUGGGAGCAGGACUGUUAUAGGAGUGACAUAUAAAGGAAUCAGCAGAAGAGGAAAGGUUAAUGACUGUGGUCUUGGAUGUAAUAACAAGUCCUGGAGUCUGGACUGCUAUGACAACCGUUACUCUGCCUAUCACAAUCAUAAUCCCUCUACCAUAGACGUCCGCCCCUCCAGCUCCCACAGAGUAGGAGUGUAUCUGGACUGGCCAGCCGGCACUCUGUCCUUCUAUAGAGCCUCCUCUGACACACUGACCCACCUGAUCACAUUCACCUCCACAUUCACUGAGCCCCUCUAUCCAGGGUUUGGGGUUUGGGAUGAUGGCGACUCUGUGUCAUUGAAAUAAAAACCCACACACACACACACACACACAUACAGACUGGACAAACACACACACAUGCACACACACAUUGGACGCACACACACCCUGGACACAUGGACACACACACACACACAUUGGACACACAAACACACACACACACAAUGGACACACACAUACACAUUGAAUUCACAAACCCUGGACACACACACACACACACACACACACACACACACACACACACACACACACACACACACACUGGACACACACACACACACACACAAAUGGACAAACACACAAACCCUGGACACACACACAAGCACACAUAUUGGACACACACACACACCCUGGACACACACACAAGCACACAUAUUGGACACAUACACACACAUGCUGGACACACACACACACUGGACACAUGCACACUGGACACACACUGGGCACACACACACACUGGACACAUGCACACUGGACACACACACACACACACACACACACACACACACACACACACACACACACACACACACACACACUGGACUCACACACACACACACACACACACACACUGGACUCACACACACACACACACACUGGACACACACAUGCACACACACUGGACACACACUUACACUGAACACACACACACUGGACACACACACACACUGGACACACACACACACACACACACACACACACACUGGACACACACACACACACUGGACACACACACACUGGACACACACACACGCACACACACACUGGACACACACACACUGGACACACACACACUGGACUCACACACACACACACACACACUGGACACACACACACUGGACACACACACACUGGACACACACACCCAAAACAGCAUGCGUUCUUUCCACAAGACUCCCAGUGUGACGUUAUGAGUUACAUUAAAGUAACAUUCUCAGAACAUACUGCACUUGUUUUAUACUGUUUAGAUGCAUCCUCUGUUUAUCAUCUUGUUUUAUACUGUUUUAGAUGGAUCCUCUGUUUAUCAUCUUGUUUUAUACUGUUUUAGAUGGAUCCUCUGUUUAUCAUCUUGUUUUAUACUGUUUUAGAUGGAUCCUCUGUUUAUCAUCUUGUUUUAUACUGUUUUAGAUGGAUCCUCUGUUUAUCAUCUUGUUUUAUACUGUUUUAGAUGGAUCCUCUGUUUAUCAUCUUGUUUUAUACUGUUUUAGAUGGAUUCUCUGUUUAUCAUCUUGUUUUAUACUGUUUUAGAUGGAUCCUCUGUUUAUCAUCUUGUUUUAUUCUGUUUUAGAUGGAUUCUCUGUUUAUCAUCUUGUUUUAUACUGUUUUAGAUGGAUCCUCUGUUUAUCAUCUUGUUUUAUACUGUUUUAGAUGGAUUCUCUGUUUAUCAUCUUGUUUUAUACUGUUUUAGAUGGAUCCUCUGUUUAUCAUCUUUUUUUAUACUGUUUUAGAUGGAUCCUCUGUUUAUCAUCUUGUUUUAUACUGUUUUAGAUGGAUCCUCUGUUUAUCAUCUUGUUUUAUACUGUUUUAGAUGGAUCCUCUGUUUAUCAUCUUGUUUUAUACUGUUUUAGAUGGAUUCUCUGUUUAUCAUCUUGUUUUAUACUGUUUUAGAUGGAUCCUCUGUUUAUCAUCUUGUUUUAUACUGUUUUAGAUGGAUUCUCUGUUUAUCAUCUUGUUUUAUACUGUUUUAGAUGGAUCCUCUGUUUAUCAUCUUGUUUUAUACUGUUUUAGAUGGAUCCUCUGUUUAUCAUCUUGUUUUCUACUGUUUUAGAUGGAUUCUCUGUUUAUCAUCUUGUUUUAGAUGGAUUCUCUGUUUAUCAUCUUGUUUUAUACUGUUUUAGAUGGAUCCUCUGUUUAUCAUCUUGUUUUAUACUGUUUUAGAUGGAUCCUCUGUUUAUCAUCUUGUUUUAUACUGUUUUAGAUGGAUUCUCUGUUUAUCAUCUUGUUUUAUACUGUUUUAGAUGGAUCCUCUGUUUAUCAUCUUGUUUUAUACUGUUUUAGAUGGAUUCUCUGUUUAUCAUCUUGUUUUAUACUGUUUUAGAUGGAUCCUCUGUUUAUCAUCUUGACCCAAAAUAAAAUGUAACAUUUGACAUUGUAUUUUCUGUAUCUUACUAUAUUGAAACCCCAAAAUAAAAACAGUGUUAUUGAACAUCUC